CACACUUUCGUUUUUUCUCAUUUUUUCUCAUUUUUUCUCAUACGUUCAAUUGUUAAAGAUCCCAGGUUCAGUACCCUCAAAUAAAAUAAUAAAUGAUGGAUAGAAGUUGACGAAAAAUCCAAAAUUCAUCUAAACACAUUUCACCUGCUGCAUAUAGUUUCUUCAGUUGGGUUUCUAAGAAAAUUAUGUUCCAUUUCAAAUCAUUGUUACCUCUUUUAAUUUUGAUUUUGAUCUUCAGAAAAUGCACAUCACUUAAUUCAUUUCAAAAUUCAGAGCCAAUUAAGGCUUUGAUUAACCGUUUAGAUUCUCAACGAUCAUCUGCAACAGUCCAAGAAAAUGCAGUCGAAGGGAUUCUUCAGAGAUUGUUGCCUUCUCACUCUUCCAGCUUCAUUUUCAAGAUCAUUUCAAAGGAUGUUUGUGGGGGUGACAGUUGCUUCCAGAUUGAAAAUUACAAACAAUCAAGCAAAAAUGGGCCACUGAUAGUGAUAAAGGGAACCACAGCUGUGGAACUGGCUUCUGGGCUUCACUGGUACUUGAAGUAUUCAUGUGGAGCACAUAUUUCAUGGGACAAGACUGGAGGUUUUCAGAUUGCUUCUAUCCCAGAGCCAGAGUCACUUCCUUUUGUUAGAGAUGAGGGCUUGGUCUUCAAACGUCCUGUUCCAUGGAAUUAUUAUCAAAAUGUUGUGACUUCAAGCUAUUCCUUUGUUUGGUGGGAUUGGCAAAGAUGGGAGAAAGAGAUCGACUGGAUGGCACUUCAAGGAAUCAACUUGCCUUUAGCUUUUACUGCGCAAGAAGCCAUUUGGCAGAAAGUCUUUAUGGACUUCAAUGUCAGUAAAGAAGACCUGAAUGAUUUCUUUGGUGGACCGGCCUUUCUUGCUUGGGCACGCAUGGGAAACCUGCAUGGUUGGGGUGGACCAUUAUCACAAAACUGGUUGGAUCAGCAAUUGGUCUUACAGAAGCAGAUAUUAUCCCGUAUGUUGGAGUUAGGAAUGACCCCAGUCUUGCCUUCAUUCUCCGGAAAUGUACCUGCAGCACUAAGAAACAUUUAUCCUUCAUCAAAUAUAACCAGGCUGGGGAACUGGAAUACUGUUAGUGGUGAUCCCAGAUGGUGUUGUACAUUUCUUUUAGAUCCUUCUGAUCCAUUGUUUGUUAAGCUUGGUGAAGCCUUUAUUCAGAAGCAGAUCAAAGAAUACGGAGAUGUGACUGACAUAUACAACUGUGAUACGUUCAAUGAAAACUCUCCACCCACUGAUGAUCCAGCUUAUAUAUCAUCACUUGGGUCUGCUGUUUAUGAAGCAAUGGUCAAAGGUGAUAAACAUGCUGUGUGGCUUAUGCAGGGAUGGCUCUUUUAUUCAGAUUCUAAAUUUUGGAAGCCGCCUCAAAUGGAAGCUCUUCUUCAUUCUGUUCCCAAAGGGAAGAUGAUUGUUCUUGAUCUAUUUGCUGAUGUCAAACCCGUUUGGAAAAUAUCAUCUCAAUUCUAUGGCACGCCUUAUAUCUGGUGCAUGCUUCACAACUUUGGUGGGAAUAUUGAAAUGUAUGGUGUCUUGGAUUCUAUAUCUUCAGGGCCAGUUGAUGCUCGGAUUAGUGAAAAUUCAACAAUGGUUGGUGUUGGUAUGUGCAUGGAAGGAAUAGAGCAUAAUCCUGUUGUUUAUGAGCUCAUGUCUGAAAUGGCAUAUCGAAAUGAAAAAGUUCAACUUGUGGAAUGGAUUAAAACAUAUUCUCAUAGGCGCUAUGGUAAAGCCAUUCAUCAGCUAGAGACAGCUUGGGAAAUUCUAUAUCACACCAUUUACAACUGCACAGAUGGAAUUGCAGAUCAUAACAAGGAUUACAUUGUUGAAUUUCCUGACUGGGAUCCUGUGACCAACACGACUCUUUAUGUAACCACAGAAAACCAGAAACAAAAUCUUUUCAACUUACAAGGUAGCUCAAGGCAUUUUUUGCUUGAGUCGGGUCUUUCUUUGCCAUCCCCACAUCUGUGGUAUCCAACUCAAGAAGUUAUCAAGGCUUUACGUCUAUUUCUUGAUGCCAGAAACGAUCUUGUGGGAAGUCUUACUUAUAGAUACGAUUUGGUUGAUUUGACUCGACAAGCUCUUUCAAAGCUAGCAAAUGAUGCAUACCUGAAAGCUGUGACUGCUUUUCUGCUUAGAGAUAUAAAAGCAUUGGACAUUCAUUGCCAAAAGUUCAUUCAGCUCAUAAAAGACAUUGAGGAAUUACUUGCAUCUGAUGAUAAUUUUCUUCUCGGGACUUGGCUAGAUAGUGCCAAAAGGCUGGCUUCGAAUCCCAUGGAGAUGAGACAGUUUGAGUGGAAUGCCAGAACCCAAAUUACAAUGUGGUUCGAUACAACAGAAACCAAACAGAGCAAGCUCCAUGAUUAUGCAAACAAAUUCUGGAGUGGGCUGUUGGAAGACUACUACCUUCCUCGUGCAGAGACAUAUUUCAAUAAUCUCAGAAGAUCUUUGAAAAACAAUAAGAUCUUCCAAGCUGAUUUAUGGAGAAGGGAAUGGAUAUCCUAUUCAAAUAAAUGGCAAUCUGGUACAAAUAUCUACCCUGUUAAGGCUCGAGGAGAUGCUCUAUCUAUUGCAGAGAAAAUGUAUGCAAAAUACUUCAGUUAGGUCUUCAUUACGCUGUACACAUUUUAGUUACUGAACAAUGAGCAUUUGUUGUAUCAUGUAUGCAAUACCCCUCAUGCCCGCCAUAGUACAAAAUAUCAUUUGUAACCUUUGUGUGCUGAUAUGGAACCUGUGUACAGACUUAUCAGAUUUCGGUUUCGUAAUCAGAAAAACAUCAAUGCUUAUUUGUGAACUGUGUUCAUAAUGAAUCAAGAUAAUCCAAGUAUAUUUUACU